AAGCAGCUGUCUCGACUACAGCGGAGCGUAAUUCUCUUCCUGUUUGCCUUCUUGGCAGUCUGUGGAGUCAUUUCGUACACAAGCAUGGGGGAACCGUGGAAAAGUCUAACAAACAAAUCAUUGGAUGAUCAGAGAACAGAACCAGAAAUUCCUGGAUUAAAGCUGGCAAAUCCAGCUGUACUACCAGCACCCCAGAAAGCAGAUGCCAACCUUGGAGAUGACCCAGAGCUUUCACCGCAGAAGCCGCCAAAACCUCCUCAUGUUCGGCGUGGUCCUUCAAAUCUUCAUAUCAAGGCACCACGGAGGGAUGUGAGGCUGAAGACCCGACAAGAUACCAGCAGGGUUGUAGAAGAGCUGGUCCAGGCUGAUAAAGAAGAGAAAACGGAGAAAUCCAUUAUCAGCUGGAGAGGAGCAGUGAUAGAACCUGACCAAAACACUGAACCUCCAUCUAGUAAAAUAAAGGAAUCAGAAAAACCUUCAUCUGUGGAAGCUGAAGACCAGAAGGAACCAGUGCCCAUAAAUGAACGUCAGACGGCUGUGAUAGAAGCAUUCCGCCAUGCAUGGAAAGGAUACAAGGAUUUUGCCUGGGGUCAUGAUGAGCUGAAGCCUUUGUCCAAGUCCUACAGCGAGUGGUUUGGACUUGGGCUUACCUUAAUUGAUGCCUUGGAUACCAUGUGGAUUUUAGGUUUAAAAGAAGAGUUUGAAGAAGCAAGAAAAUGGGUAGCAAACAGUUUAGUAUUUGAUAAAAACGUGGAUGUGAACCUCUUUGAGAGCACUAUUCGUAUCCUGGGGGGCUUGCUGAGCACCUACCAUCUCUCUGGAGAUAGCCUCUUCCUGGAAAAAGCUAAAGACAUUGGGAACAGGCUUAUGCCAGCAUUCAAGACCCCCUCCAAGAUACCAUAUUCUGAUGUCAACAUUGGCCGGGGCACUGCACAUCCACCUCGUUGGACAUCUGACAGCACUGUGGCAGAGGUGACCAGUAUUCAGCUGGAGUUUAGGGAGCUCUCUCGUCUCACUGGGGAUGAGAAAUUCCAGAAAGCUGUAGAUGAGGUGAUGAAGCAUGUUCACACCCUCUCAGGAAAAAAUGAUGGACUAGUGCCUAUGUUCAUAAACACCAAUAGCGGGCAGUUCACUCACUUGGGUGUCUAUACUCUGGGAGCCAGAGCUGACAGCUACUAUGAGUAUUUGCUCAAGCAAUGGAUUCAGGGUGGGAAAAAAGAAAAUGAACUAUUGGAAGACUAUAUGAGAGCCAUAGAAGGAGUGAAAAAGCAUCUUCUUCAGACAUCACAACCCAAGAAGCUUACUUUUGUAGGAGAGCUUGCUCAUGGCCAUUUCAGUGCCAAGAUGGAUCACUUGGUUUGCUUCUUGCCUGGUACUUUGGCUCUGGGAGCUCACAAUGGAUUGACUGCUGAUCAUAUGAAAUUGGCUGAAGCCCUUAUACAAACCUGUUACCAGAUGUAUGCUCAAGUAGAGACAGGCCUGAGUCCAGAGAUCGUACACUUCAAUCUUCAUGCACAAAAGGGCCACAAAGAUGUGGAAAUCAAGCCUGCAGACAGGCACAACUUACUGCGACCAGAAACUGUGGAAAGCCUUUUUUAUAUGUACAGAUUCACUGGUGAUAAGAAGUACCAAGACUGGGGCUGGGAAAUCUUGCAGAACUUCAAUAAAUACACACGGGUUCCUACAGGCGGUUAUACUUCCAUUAACAACGUCCAGAAUCCCAGUAAUCCAGAGCCACGAGAUAAGAUGGAGAGCUUCUUCCUUGGGGAAACGCUCAAAUACAUGUUUCUGCUGUUUUCAGAUGACAUAGACUUAAUCAACCUUGACAAAUACGUAUUUAACACAGAAGCUCAUCCACUCCCUAUCUGGGUGCCAGCAUAGACUGGGUGUCAGUAGACCUUCCAACGGUGGCAUUUUUAUCUUCAAGUCACUUUACUUUUCAGGGUUUGAGGAGAGAUGCUUUAUUGCACCUUUUUUGACUUAAAACAAAAAACCCCAAACUUUGGGAAGGCAUCUCUGGUUUGGAGAAGUCCUAUCAGUCUUAAAUCUAAUCCCUUGUUCUGGCAUGGACAAACUGUGCCAUACUAAGCUGGUUUUCCUGGUAUUGACGAUGAGGUUCAGAGAAUCAAUGUAGUGUGGACCACAACA